UAAAAUCAGUGUAGGUGAUAAUUACAAAAGUGCAGUAUUAUAAAAAUAUAAAUAAAAUAAAUAAAAAGCAAUUACAGUAAAUGAAACACUCUAAUUGGUUGAUUCUUACGUUUACGACCACGCAAUUGUAAAAUGACCUUUACGAAAACCUGCGAAGAGUUUCUUGCACUAGUGUAGACAGUUCAUCUAAAGAGGACGGAUCGUGUGUGAUUUAAUUCUAACCUAAUCUAACUACUGUUGAUCCUGGUUAUUCUUUACAUUUCUCUGGGAGUUUCAUUGAAUUUCAUUGAAGAAAGACGCAGACACACAGAGCAGAAUGUCAAUAUUUGCUAGGCGAAUUCUCCCAUCGAACUUUUUGAAGGAGUGCUUACGACCUGUACGUAACACCUGUCCUCGACAGUUCACGACUCAGUCGCAGCCAAAUGUGGAGGAGAGCUCAGAGGUUACGCUGGAUCCUUUGACCCAUCCAGACUUCUUCCAAGUGCAUAAUCUGUUUACUGUGAAGGAUCUAUAUAACGCGAGGGUGCACUACGGUCACAAGGAGACCUCCAUAAACAAGCACAUGGAAACGUUCAUAUUUGGCUCCAGAAUGGGACAUCUGAUCAUCGACCUGGAUCAGACCGCUGAACUGCUGCGACAAGCAUUGAACUUCACUGCCCACAUCGCAUUCAGAGGCGGUAUAAUCUUGUUCGUCUCGAAGAAUCCUCAAAUCACCCAUCUAGUGGACAAGACAGCCAGAGAGUGCAAAGAGUUCUCGCACACGAGAUUCUGGAGGAAGGGCAUAUUCACGAAUUCUACAAAUCAGUUCAAAACUGUAACAAGGCUGCCCGAUCUGUGUAUCUUCAUCAACACCCUCGAUAUCAUGACUGAACACAUGGGGAUAAUGAAUGCGGCGAAGAUGUGUAUACCCUCCGUGGGUAUAGUCGAUACGAAUUGCAAUCCAAACCUCAUAACGUAUCCCAUUCCUGGAAACGACGACUCCCUGUGCUCCCUAGAACUCUAUUGCUCGCUGUUCAAAAAGGCUAUUCUCAGAGGUAAGAAGGCGAGAGAGCAGCUCACGAAACUCGCGAGCUCCACGUAGAUCUAGUGUAAUCAAUCCAGCUAAAUGAAUAUCGUGUAUAGAGUAAUUGGCCAAAAUAUAUCUCUUCUUUCUCUAACUCGAAAACGAGACUGAAUAAGAUGCUAAUGAAUGACAAUACUUCAUUCGUUUUGCAUUAUGUAUAUGACACAUGUUGAGUGAAAAGAUAUCUUUGUGCAUCAGACGUCAUACAAGGCUCUUGGAAGCCACACACAUACACAAACUCUAUAAUUUUCAAUUAAAUUUAAAUUUGUUGUCAAUUAAAUGGAAUGUAAAUAAAAUAAAUUAAAAAAAUUUCUUGUAAAUUUGAAUUUAUGAAAUGAAUUCAAUUUAAUUUACUUAAAUGUACAUUUCUCUUGAUCUUUGUGAAGAUCAUAUGUAUUGUGUUACCAAGAUUAAGAGGACUGAAGGAUCAGAUUACCUGAAAAUCGUGCUUAUUUUUUCAUGAUUUUUUAUGACAAACUGAAUGAAUAUGCGAAAGUAAUAUUUUGACGUGUAUUUGUACAACAUAUAAAGAGAAGAAAAAUAUAAUUUAAUGAUUAAAUACU